UUUCUAGGGUGAAGUACGUCUGGUGGUUCGAAACUUUCCAGACCGACAGUAUGUCGGAAGAGUAGUUUCAUGUAGAAUAACAUUAUAAAGGUCUGAUAAUCACACCAUCAUCUUUAUCCUUAUAACCUUUUAAGUGUCUUUAUUUAAAAGAAGACGGACAUUUUUGUAUUUUAACGAGUUUCGUUUUUGGAUACAGAAAUCGAAAGUACUCCUGACAUCGCUCUUCCUGUCUACCAGCGCAGUUGUUUUAAAUGGUUUCAUUACAGAACCUGACGGUAUUUAAAUGGCGAAGAGGAGGAAUAUGUAUUACUCAAAGAAAGUGAGCAAGUAAUAUAACUCCACUGCUAUAGGCCCAUGUCCACACUGGAAACACUGGUGUCAACCUAAAGCCUGACGUACUUCAGUUUUCCAAGUGACCUGUUCAAGAAAUGGCUUCAGCUGACAACAAAUUCUACUUCAUCAUAACUACAAAACAUGGGUACAUAAGCGCUGGUGAAAUAUGUUAUAUAGAUAAACAACGUUUUUUUGCAUUGGAAAAGAGAAACGACGCAAACAUUGUACCUGUAGUUCGUAUGGGUCUAUUCUCUGAUGAACAUCUUGAUAAAGCUCUCCUACAGCCAUUGUCACGCAGAUCAGCAGAAUUACUGCUGGCUCUUGAAUCCAAUGAAAAGCGACUGUCGGCACUGAAAGAUCCUGAGGUUUUAGAGGAGGCUUCACAUCUGUCUAAAGACACUCAGGUUUACGUGGAGUAUAAAGAGCAAUGGCUCAAAGGUGUGAUUCGAUACAUUGGCAGUCUCACAUCUUAUAGUUCUGAUCCUAUAACAGGAGUCUACUUUGGAGUGGAACUGCAGGGGGAAGAUAAAGGAAAAGGCCAAAAUGAUGGUUCCUACAUCAAAACUCACUUCAAAUGUCCCAAAGACUCAGGUGUUUUUGCCCCCUUUACAAGAGUCAGACCAAUGUAUCAGAAACCUUCAGCACCACCGCUACAUUCUCAGUCUUCCCUGUCCAUGACAUCUACUGAGCCUCUCAAACCUGGAGACAGAGUAACCUUUUUUGAUGACAAAAAUACUCACCAUGGCAUGGUUAUGAAUAUAACAGACAGCCAAGAGGGAAAAAUGGUUCUCAUAUCUACUGAUAAAGAUGAAGAUGGGAAGCAAGGAGGAGAGAUAAGGCUCCCACUGGAUUGUGUAAUUAAAGAGGAGCUGUUAAAUAAAGAUGAAACUGAAAAAAUGGACACUUUUCCGAGCACAGAAAUGGGGGGUGUUGCUAAUUCUGAUGAAAUUACUGUUGGCUCCCUAGUGCAGUUUCUGGGAAAAACACUAGUUUAUGGCACUGUCCGCUGGAUUGGAUAUUUACCUGAUAAACUUGAGAAGAUUGCUGGACUGGAACUGGAGGACAGCAGUGCUGGAGUGACUGAUGGAACAUAUAAAGGAAAACAGUAUUUUAACUGUUCUCCUCAUUGUGGUGUAUUUGUGAAACUGUCAUCUUGUCGGCCUGAUGAUCGGUUUUCUGGUGUAAAGAAGCAGUUUAAUGGACACUCUGAUCUUGAUGGGACAUUUGUAUCUGUGGAACAGGAGAAUGUACCGCCUAUUAGAACAGAAGAUGUGUCAAAGCGAUUGAUUGGUAAGAUGAAGGGCAUUCAGGGUCACUGCAACUCCUGUUAUAUGGACUCCGCCCUGUUCAGUGUGUUUUCCUGUUCAUCAGUUCUGGAUUCUCUACUUUUUAAGUCGACAGAACAUGAAACCAUUCAAAGCAUUCUGCUAAAGAACAUUGUCAACCCUCUCCGCAAACAUGGUUUUGUAUCAGAGCGCAAUGUGAUGAAUCUUCGGAAACAAUUACAGAAACGGGAACACUGCCCCACUUACACCACAGAUGAGAAGGAUCCUGAGGAGUUCCUCUCUCUCAUCAUGCAAGAGAUUCUUUUUCUGGAUCCACUACUCAAACUCUGCAACCAAUCAGGACGUAUGCAAAAAGAGCAAAGCUGUUACUACUACCAAAUCUUUAUGGAUUAUAACCACCAUUUAGUCCUGCCGACAGUUCAGCAGCUACUGGAACAUUCAUUUUACAGCAACAGUCUCAAACUAGCAGAGGUGCCUGCCUGUCUGAUUCUUACAAUGCCUCGCUCAGGGAAGAGUUUCAAAAUGUUUCCAAAAAUCAUUCCUUCUACAGAACUGGACAUCACAGGUCUUCUCGUGGAUGGUCCUCAGCAGUGUGUGUUGUGUGGUCAGCUAGCAAAUGUGGAGUGUGCUGAGUGCUUCAGAGACACAGUGUUUAGUGAUACAGGAUUCAAAUAUUUCUGUGAGAAAUGUUCCACUCAGGUUCACUCUCACCAGCACCGUCGAUGCCACAAACCCAACAAAGUGCUUCCUCCUCAGGGCUUCUUUUCCUCACAGAGUUCAGGGUCUGAUCGCCGCACUCCUCCACGGGAGAAACUCGAGCUGUUUGCUGUGCUGUGUAUAGAGACCAGCCACUAUGUCUCUUUUGUCAAAUAUGGACCUAAGGAUACUGACUGGAUCUUCUUUGAUAGUAUGGCUGACCGUGUUGGUGAAAGUGAUGGCUAUAAUAUCCCAGAAGUGCGUGCGUGUCCUGAGGUUGGCCAGUACCUGCAUAUGCCUCUGGCUCAGCUGGCUAAUCAAGUGCCUCGAGAGAUGGAAGGUGUGGCGAAGCGACUCUUCUGCGAUGGUUAUAUGUACCUUUAUCAGAGCAAGAGCAUGUCUCUAUAUCGGUGAUGAAAUCAUCACAUACACCUUAAUAAAUGAAAAUGUGCAAUCUGAUUAUCUACAACUAGGUCUGCAUCGUAAUGGAUUCUAAUAAUGUUCUUUUCAAGGGAAAUCAUAAAACUGUAUGUUUCUGCUCCAUAUUUGAGCAAUUAUCAGUCAAAUAUGUGCACUUUCUGGUGAAAAUUUGUACUUUCUGUAUGGAAUUCCCAUAAUGCGAUGCCUGGGUGGGCGGUACAUGCUCUUUUAAACAUUCUGGAUGAAAAUGACGCAGCUGAUGUUCUUUAAGUGAUUUAGACUUGAAUAAAACUACUCAAAUUCAAAGUGUAUAAGAAAUAAUAUAGACGUUUUCUAAUCUCACCAAAAUGGAAAUAGUUAUAUUUUCUUUUUAAAGUCGUAUCGCUGAACUGUAAGCAGACCUACUGUAGCUUGCUGCCUAAUUCAUGUUAAUAUAAAAGGAGCUGAAGACAUUUUUGUUCACAUUUACAAGAUAAAGAUUUUGUUUCAGAACUUAAUUUUCUAUUGGAUUGGUUGUUGAGGUCCUUUUAUUAAUUCUUUAUGAAGCUCUCUGGCUACUGAAUAACACUGUGAGCAAUAUUGUAUGUAAUCGCAGUGUCAUAAAUUAUCUGUAAAAUAUUUAGAUUUAUUUCACUGGACAUUUGUUCAUUAUAUAUGCUUUCUCUUGAAUUUGUUUGGUGUAUUUGAUUUCAUUCCAAUGAAAAAGAACAGACAAAAAUAAAUGUUUUGACAGGAGUUACAUUUA